CGUCAGAAUGGGCGGAGUUCACUGAUGACUGCAUCUCUGAAUGGACAUGUGGAAGUGGUGGACAAGUUAUUACAACAUGGAGCCACAGUAGACCUGCAAGAAGAGAAUGGGCGGAGUUCACUGAUGACUGCAUCUCUGAAUGGACAUGUGGAGGUGGUGGACAAGUUAUUACAACAUGGAGCCACAGUAGACCUGCAAGAUGAGGAUGGAGUGAGUUCACUGAUGAUUGCAUCUCUGAAUGGACAUGUGGAGGUGGUGGACAAGCUAUUACAACAUGGAGCCACAGUAGACCUGCACGAUAAGGAUGGGUGGAGUUCACUGAUGGUUGCAUCUCUGGGGGGACAUGUGGAGGUGGUGGACAAGCUAUUACAACAUGGAGCCACAGUAGACCAGCAGAUUAAGGAUGGGUGGAGUUCACUGAUGGAUGCAUCUCAGAAUGGACAUGUGGAGGUGGUGGACAAGCUAUUACAACAUGGAGCCACAGUAGACCAGCAGACUAAGGAUGGGUCGAGUUCACUGAUGGCUGCAUCUCAGAAUGGACAUGUGGAGGUGGUGGACAAGCUAUUACAACAUGGAGCCACAGUAGACCAGCAGACUAAGGAUGGAGCGAGUUCACUGAUGUAUGCAUCUCAUUAUGGACAUGUGGAAGUGGUGGACAAGUUAUUACAACAUGGAGCCACAGUAGACCUGCAUGAUAAGGAUGGAGGGAGUUCACUGAUGGAUGCAUCUCAGAAUGGACAUGUGGAGGUGGUGGACAAGUUAUUACAACGUGGAGCCACAGUAGACCUGCAUGAUAAGGAUGACGAUACAGCACUGACAUUGGCCUGUCAAGGAAAUAAUUUUGCUACCGUUUCUAUCCUUCUGAAAGCUGGUGCCCAUCCAAAUGUCUGCAAUAAGGCUGGCCUGACCCCACUAUUGCUGGCAGUAUGCAAGAAUAAUAUGGCAAUUGUCAGGGAGUUAGUGAAUGCAAGAGUGGACGUAGACCACAUGUAUCAGAAUGGACUUUCUUCUCUGAUGCUGUGUUGUGUAGAAGGGAAGUCAGAGAUGGCAAACCUACUACUUGAAGCUCAAGCUGAUACUGACCUUCAGCAAUCAGGUACUGGAUACACAGCUCUGAUGUUUGCCUGCAAGGGAGGUCAUCUGGAUACAGUUCUAGGUCUCAUGGAACACGGAGCAAAUUCAGCGAUUAAAAAUAAAGAACGUAUGACAGCAUCGGAUGUGGCAUCAUUGAAUGAAUUUCCGGAUCUCUGUGCUGUUAUUAAUCUAAUGGGACCAUCACCUACUGUCAUGCAGGAUGAGAUCAUUGAGCAUCCGGACACUCCUCUGAUGAAAGAAGCAGUUGAUGAGGUUAUCAAAAGAUUUCAUGCUCAGAUGGAUCAUGUUCCACUAAUAUCACUCUACGAUAGCGACAAACAAGUGGCACUCACAGUUCCAAAACAACAUUUCAAACGUCAUAGUAAACGUUUCAACCUAAACUAGUAGUGAAUUGUCAAGUAUCACUGUUUAGUCUCCUUUACUUGCGGUCGUUAUUAUGUAAUAAUUGGUGUGAGCUAUAUCAGACCAUUGGUAUAAUGUUUAAGGAUGGCACGGGUCUAAUUAAUAUGCUCAUGCAUGACUCUGUGCAGAGUUUUGUCUCUACGU